AUGGCGGAAGGCGGCAGAGAACCCACAAACAAAGACCUGCUAGACUGUAUGAGGGCGAUGGGCGAUAAAUUAACAGUCAUGGAAAAUAAAUUGAAUAAAAUUGAAACCCUUGAACUUAAGGUUACGGACUUUGAAAGGGAGUUAAGAAAAAUAUGGAUAGCACUCAAGGACCGUGUCAAGCGUACAGACGAACGCGUGAACAAGCUCGAGGACAAGGUUGAGUCGGUUGACGUUGAGGCGGGGAUUAUGGCGGACAGGGUGAAUGUGUUGGAAAAACAACGUAAGGAGCUUCGGGACGACGUUGCGUACUUAAAAUCGCAGUCAAUGAGAAAUAAUUUGGUGUUCACCAAUGUUCCCGAAGAUAACUCUUCAGGAAACGAGCCAGCCGACGUCACCGAAAACAAACUUCGUAUGCACAUGCAGGAGACCCUCAAGAUCGCGAAAGAGACGGCUAAGUCUAUUCGCUUUGAGCGCGUCCACCGCUCCCCGGGACAACCAAGACAGGGUAAAGUGCGAAACAUCGUUGCAAAGUUUACAUUUUUCAAGGACAGGGAGGUAGUUCGGCGGGAGUGGAAACAUUUGGCUGGGACGGGAUGCCAAAUGUACGAACAGUUCCCACCGGAAGUGCUAGAUAAACGACGCAGGCUGGUACCCAUGAUGAAGGACGCCAGGAAAGAGGGCAAGCGAGCAUGGAUUGCGUAUGACACCCUGUACGUGGACGGCGAGCAGGUGCGGCUGUAUGGGCACGUUGGGGGCGAACUAUCCGUUCUCUCGUGGAACGUCCAUGGACUUACGAGGGAGAAAAAGGAGAGCAUUGAAUUUACUGCGACUCUCCGUGCACCCACUCCAUAUUCAGACUGGUAG